GACCACUUCCGCCCAACUUCUUUUUACGUUGCCAGGAGCUUCAGGGCAGAGCGGAAGUGACACCACACCAAAAGAGUUUCUGCGAAUGCGCAGGAGUGAGUGCCGACCCCUGCGCUCUGCUUCCAGACACCCUGUGCCUGGCUUCCGCAUGCUGCCGUCUGCACGCCUGGUCCCUGCGAGUGUGCGACGUGCCCAGUCGUCGAUCCACAGCUCUUCUUGUUUCUUCAUGGAUCUGAAGACGCUUCUGUCCUCCUUGAAUGAGUUUGCUUCCCUGUCAUUUGCCGAGAGCUGGGACAAUGUGGGAUUGCUGGUGGAGCCGAGCCCGCCCCAUACUGUCAAUACACUCUUCCUGACCAAUGACCUGACGGAGGAGGUCAUGGAGGAGGCUCUGCAAAAGAAGGCAGAUCUCAUUCUCUCCUAUCACCCACCUAUUUUCCGGCCCAUGAAGCACAUAACUUGGAAAACCUGGAAGGAGCGCCUUGUGAUCCGGGCCCUGGAGAACAGAGUCGCCAUCUACUCUCCUCACACAGCCUAUGAUGCCGCACCCCAGGGAGUGAACAGCUGGUUGGCCAAAGGACUUGGAACUUGCACUACCAGGCCCAUCCACCCUUCCAAAGCUCCAAACUACCCCACGGAGGGAACUCACCGACUAGAAUUCAGUGCGAACCACAGCCAAGACCUGGACAAAGUCCUGUCUGCAGUGAAAGGGGUUGGAGGUGUCUCUGUCACCUCUUCUCCUGCCAGGUGUGAUGGGGAAGAGCAAACACGGAUCAGUCUGAAUUGUACUCAGAAGGCUUUGAUGCAGGUGCUAGCUUUUCUUUCCCAGGACAGACAACUUUACCAGAAAACUGAAAUUCUUUCAUUGGAGAAGCCUUUGCUUCUGCAUACUGGAAUGGGACGGUUGUGCACACUGGAUGACUCUGCCCCCCUGGCAACAAUGAUAGAGCAAAUCAAAAGACACCUGAAGCUGUCUCAUCUUCGCUUAGCUCUUGGAGUGGGGAGGACUUUAGAGUCCCCAGUCAAAGUUGUGGCCGUGUGUGCUGGUUCUGGGGGCAGCGUUCUACAGGGAGUGGAGGCCGACCUUUACCUCACAGGUGAAAUGUCCCACCAUGAUGUUCUGGAUGCUGCUUCCAAAGGGAUAAAUGUGAUCCUUUGUGAACACAGCAACACUGAAAGAGGCUUCCUUUCUGAUCUUCAAGAAAUGCUGGGUGUUCACUUGGAGAAUAAGAUUAAUAUUAUCGUGUCUGAGACAGACAGGGACCCUCUCCAUGUGGUUUAAAAUGCAAGGACAUCAUGAUGACAGAAGCCACAGAUCAUCUGGAUGAGACAGGUCUGUGCAGGAGUUGGUAGACCACCCUUCUGCAGAACUAUAAUGGACUCCUCAUUGCAGUUCGCUAAUCUGGCUCAACAAAUGUCUUAGCUCAUACGGUAAAACUAUGAGUACAUUAAAGACAAACCUUCCUAUAA